GUGACCAUGAUCAAAUGGACGUCGAUGAGCCCGAGGACACCUCAGCAGCUCAUCAACCACAAGCGCGGAGGAACUCGCAACGGGUGCUGUUACUUUCAUCUCGAGGCAUCCCUAAUCGUACGCGCCACCUACUGAAAGAUCUUGAGGCAUUAUUGCCCCAUACUAAAAGAGAUUCUAAACUGAGCGCGAAGUCUACAAACCUCAUCCCCGAACUUGCUGACCUCAACAAUUGCAAUAACUGCCUCUACUUUGAGUCCCGGCAUCAUGAGGAACUGUAUCUAUGGGCGGCGAAGACUCCCAAUGGGCCCACCGUCAAGAUGCAUGUGCAGAACGUGCACACGAUGGAUGAGCUAAAAAUGACUGGGAACUGUCUCAAAGGAAGCCGGGGCUUGGUUUCAUUUGACAAAACCUUUGACUCGGCUGAACACUGGAAGCUAUUGAAGGAGCUGUUCACUCAAAUAUUCAGUGUUCCACCCAAUUCAAGGCGCACAAAACCUUUCAUCGAUCACAUCCUCACAUUCUCGGUGGUAGACGAUAAGAUAUGGUUCCGUAAUUACCAAGUGGUAGAAAAGGAAACGACACAACCAGACGGUUCUCCGCCAAUGUCCCUAGUGGAAAUAGGUCCCCGCUUUGUUUUAACCCCCAUACGGGUCUUUGAAGGUGCUUUCAAUGGUGCCACUAUCUACACAAACAAAGGAUUUAUCACACCAGCCUCUAUACGAAUCUCCGUACGACGGGACCAGGCAGCCAAAAUCCGCCGACGGAAGCAUGAAGCUCAUGAAAGGGAAGUCAGAAAGGAAGCAAGGAAGCUUCCUGACGAUGAACUCGCUGUUACAAAAGUAUUCUCUUGAACAUGGCAGAUCUGCUUUUACCGUCUAUAUGUUUACAUGUGUGUUGAUCAUAAUUAUCAUCCAACGGAAAGAUCAUCUUCAGUAUUCGG